UUUCAGGCAGAUCCCUUUGGUCAUAAGGAUUUGAAUCAUUCUUGUUACUCCAAAGUACAAAUAUCAUUUCUUUAUGUGCUAUGAAGUGAAAACAGGAAGCAUUGUUUUAAGGACUAGAUGGUUGGUGGUAUUUUUUUUCCCUAAAGAAGUAUUUGUUGGGCUCUGGCAACCGUGCUGUGAUGUCGUUCGAGAUCCUGCCCGGGAUCGGCGCCAUGGCCGUGUGCUUGGUCAUCCCCGGCAUAGCCAAGGCGCACAUCCACAGGUUCAGUAAUGGGGGCAAAGAAAAAAGGGUUGCCUAUUACCCAUAUCAGUGGAGUUUGAUGCAAAGAGACAGGUGGGUCUCUGGAGUUAAUCGUUACUAUGUGUCAAAGGGUUUGGAGAAUAUCGAUUAAGGAAGCAUUUUCCUGAUUGAUGAAAAAUAACUCAGUCAUACUCAUCUACCCCUUCUAGAAGGUUAUGCAGUGUAUGAAUGUAGUACAUAAUAAAAACAACAAAAAAGUAGGAAAAAGGGCGCCUGGGUGGCUCAGAUGGUUAAGCGUCUGCCUUCGGCUCAGGUCAUGAUCCCAGGGUCCUGGGAUCGAGUCCCACAUCGGGCUCCCAGCUCAAGGGGGAGCCUGCUUCUCCCUCUGACCCUCUCCCCUCUCAUGCUGUUUCUCUCUCGCUCGCUCUCUAAAAAAAUAAAUAAAAUCUUAAAAAAAAAAAAAAGUAGGAAAAAAAAGUAUUUGUUAAAAAUGUAUACUGUGGUAAUCAUUCUGCAAUAUAUGUAUAUCAAAUCAUUAUCUUAUGUGCCUAGAAUACAAUGUUAUGUUGUUAAUUAUAUUACAAUUUUAAAAUAAAUAAAUUUGUAUUUUUAAAAACUUAAGAUUAGACCUGUGAAACUCAUCUUUAUUCACUAAUUUUAACCAACAACUUUUCAUGUCAUUUUAUACAGUAUCCUGGAAAUAAAAGUAAAUAUACCUUUCUUUUUGUGAUCUAGCAGACAGCUUUGCAAAAAUUCCAAUUUUAAUUAUACUAAAAUGGACUUCUUACCACUC